UGCUUUUCGAAAAACAAUUCCCGCGUGGGAAACGUACCGAGGACUCGUUUCCUUUGAGCUUCUUAUUGGAUUAGGGUUUUUACAAAUCUCCAUUCUCUUUCUCUCUCCACAGCCGCAGGUAAGCAGAUCUUCUCCUAAAUCCCCUUCUCACACACACGCAUUCAUACACAGAAUGAAUUAGCUGAUAAAUUCCGAACAAUUGCUCAGUCACUUGUUGCAUUUGUAAUAACUUUUGAAAGAUGGAGGGCGGCCUGGAAAAGUCUCCACAGUUAAGGCAUCCUACUGAUAGUUCUGAUGCUAAGCUUGUAUCUGGCCUUAGCACUCUACUGGUUGCCACAAUUCAGGAAGCAAAAGAUAGGAUUUCGCAGAUAGAGUACAUAUUCUGCAACCAACUCUUUCCAAAUUUUCAGUCAAAAUCUAAAAGCUGGCAGAAAGUGUAUUUGGAAGCAAGGGAAGCUGCAGAUGCAUGGAAAGAGAACGAAAAAGAUCUGUUACUCCAGAUUAAAAGGCUUCAGUUUGAAAAAGAGCAAGUUUUCGAAGAAUAUCAGUCUCUGAAGAUGCAGAAAGAAAACUUCACCAGUAUAGAAAACCUAUCCCCCCGUUGUGUCCACGAGCUACAAGAAGAAUUGAAACGUAAAACUGAUGAAGUAAGUGAGGGGAGAGAAGUGCAACAGAAUUUGCAGAAGCUUCUUGACUCAAAAGCUUCCCUCAUUCUCAGUCACGAAAAUACACGGAAAGAGCUUGAAGAGAAAAAUCUCCUGCUUGUGGAAAAGAAAAAAAAUUUGGAGGUUGAAGUUGAGAAAUUGCGGUUAGAGCUGAUGAAGAAGUCUAAAGAAGUUGAUGAGGUAAUGGAAUUGCAGAACAAGCUUCUCCAAAUAAAUCAAUCAAAAGCUUCUCUGAUAGUGCGUAGAGAAAUGCAACUAAAGGAGCAAGAAGAGAAGGCAAAUGGACUCAUUUCCAAACUCCAAAGUAUGGAGAAAAAGGUUAAUGAGCUUCAGCAGGGAUAUAAAGAAAAAACACAGGAAGUGGAAAAGGGCAGGGAGUUGCAAGGCAAUCUACUGAAAAAAAUUGAAAUGCAAGCCUUAGAAAUUAUGAAUCACGAACAGCUGUUGAAUAAGCUCGAGAAGGACAAAAGACUAUUCACAGUCCAAAUAGAGAGUUUGGCGAACCGUGUUGAUGAGCUACAGAAAGAACUCAAGACAAAAGAAAUUGAAGUGAAGGAGGAAAGAAACGUCCAAGAACAACUUCGCCAACAGAUUAAUUCCCAUACUCUGGAAAUGUUGAAGAGAGAACAGGAAUUGGAAGAGUUUGAGAAGGAAAAGAAACUGCUUCUGGCCAAAAAGAAAGAGUCAGAGGACAAAAUUGAUAAACUCCAACAAAAUCUGCAUGAGAGAAGUAAGGAGUCUUCUGAGGGAAUGGACUUGCAUGCGAAGUUACUGCAACAAAUUGAAGCGAAGGAUUUGGAAUUACAGUCUGAAAAGAAGAAAAGGCGCGAAGUUGUUGCUGCUUAUAAGAAGCUGAAAUCUCAAUACAACUUUCUGUGCAAAAAAUGUGGUCUUACUCCAGAAAAUAUGCUCCCUCUCCACAAAUUAGGAGGUGAAAGUGAAAUUUUGAGGCAUAAUCAUAGUCCUGGAACUUCUGAUGAUGCUGGAAAUAAAGUUUUAAAACCUGUUGGCCUUGUUAAUGAAAUGAUUAAACACAAGGGUGAUCAAGAAUUAUUGGAGGAUGACAAAGGAGUUGUACACAUUCAAAGAUCAAACUCUGUUUCACCGUCUACUUCAAGUGUUGCCAUUGCACCAAAGUGUCAAAACAGUGCAAAAUUUUGUCCCCCAGCCGGUACGAAACGUCCGGUUUCUUAUUGGAGGGAUACCAGGUCCCAUCAGAGCCGAGUUGGACCUGAUCUCCAUGAUGAUUUUCUUGACACCCCUUUGGAGAAUAUGAGAGGAAACUUCGGGAAGGUUAUAAAGGAGAAAACUAAUGAUCUUCCUAUGCCGGUCCCAGAGAAUAUGAACUUCGACAACUCAGAUGAUGAGACACAGGACAUGAACAUUGAUAGUGGUCUGCAAAAGCAACAAAUGUCACCUUCAAAGGCUGGGACAUCGGGCUUCAAGUACAUAGAACCAGUAAGAAAGAAAUCUGAGAGGGAAAGUCUGAAGGGUAUAGAAUGCAAGCAAUGCAGAAAGUUCUACGAUGCUGUUCUUCCUAACGAGGGUAAGAAUUCUGAUGGGAAUAAGCAAAUACGCUGUGAGCAUCAUGAUGGAGUUUCUAGGCAUCGAUAUAGGUAUGCUCCUCCUUCAACUCCCGAAGGAUUUUGGAAUAUUGGAUUUGAAUCAGAAAUGUAAGUUCCUAUAUAUUUGAUUUCAGAUUCACUUUAAUUACUAGGAAUAAUAAAUUCAUCUUACCUGCUUAAUAUUUAAAGGGUAUAUAACAAGGUCAGGUCAAAUUGGAAUCAACAUCACUACUUUACAAGAUUUUUAUCUCCCUGCCGGCUUGAAGAUCCGUAUAGUAUGCUACAAAGAUUAAUGUAGUAUUGAGUUUUAUUUUUGCAUUCUUUUAGAUAUACUAAGCAGCGUCAAACACAGUCCUCAUAUUUUUAAAGUGUUUUUAGCGUGAAUACUUGGUGCAAUAGGAAGUUCAAAUGUAUUCUACUCAUUCUAAAACCUUACACUGAUCAUUAGUUGAUCAUGGCCACUCAAGGGGCUUGUAGAGUAUAGAUUUGGCUCUCUAUUGUUACGAAAGGAAUGUUAAUAAAAUAAAAGGGUACGUUUAUUUGUACCAAAAAGAGAGAAAUAGAGGAAGGACAGUCAGUAUAUCCUUUCUGAUCACUUUUUAUCUCCCUGCCGGCUUGAAGAUCUGUAUAGUAUGCUACAAAGGUUAAUGUAGUAUUAAGUUUUAUUCUUGUAUUCUUUUAGAUAUACUAAGAAGCAUCAAACGCAUUCCUCAUGUUGUUAAGUGUUUUAGCAUGAAUACUUGGUGCAAUAGGAAGUUCAAAUGUAUUCUACUCAUUCUAAAACCUUUUACUGAUCAUUAGUUGAUCAUGGCCACUCAAGGGGCUUGGAGAGUAUAGAUUUGG